AAGAUAACGCUCAGUGUCAGUGUGUUGUCGGCGAAUCUGAGUGAGAGCGAGUGUGUCAGUGGAGGGAUUUCUAAAUAACUGUGAAAAGAGAAGAGAAAAAUACAUGUAAUAUAUGUUGUGAAUAUUUUUUUCCCUACAAAAGUACACCGCAUUCCAAUCUUCUUUGGGCAAGACCUAUUAGUCUGGUGGUGGAAACUCAGUCGUAAGAUCAACCGUCCCUCUUAUGGCUCCUCCUUGAAUGGAGUGGACUGGAACUGUAUUCUGAAACGCUUCGGACUCAUCAUCACGGUCUUGUGCAGCAGGAGGCGGCGAGAUGCUGGGCGGCGGGGCUGGUGACCGCGCCGCGUCCGCCAGGAGUGUCCAGCUCAUCAUGUAUGUGGUGGGCUUCCUGGACCUGGCUGGAGUGAUGAUCGUUAUUCCAAUGUUCGUGACACAUUUGCGGCACCUUGGCCUGUCGCCGCUCAUGAAUGGCGCCAUCCGAUCCUUCUACGGCGUGCUGCAGCUUGUGUUCUCGCCGCUCGUGGUGUGUGGUGGGUCGGUGGAGUGACCGGUACGGGAGGCGUCCUCUGCUAGUGAUAUGCCUGGGGGUGUCUGCCCUCAGCUACCUGGUUCUUGGUUCCUCGGCCUCUAUCUGGGUCGUCAUUGGAUCCAGAAUUGUCACUGGAAUCUUCAAGCACAGUACAACAUUGUGUAAGUCUGUGCUAGCGGACGUCACGCCUCCCGAGGACAGACCAAAGGUGAUGGGCAAGUUCAAUGGCGCCAUGGGCAUCGCCAUCAUCCUCAGCCCGGCCAUCGGGGGUCAUCUGGCUCACCUGGACAACGGGUUCGCCAUUGUGUGCAGUGUGAGCAGUGUCAUCUUCCUCGGCAAUUGCGUGGUGUGCCUUGGCCUCCUGCCGAACGAGUUGCCACUCCACGCUCGGCGGCCUGAUGGAGAUCCGUCAAAGAAAGACAUCACAACCACACCUCGGAAUGAAUGGCUCUCAUUGCUGUAUGAAGUUGAGUGGAAGGUAUUCGGUGACAUUUUUGUGGUGGAUUUCUUCCUGACAUUUGCUGCCUAUGCCUACAGGGCAAGUUUUGUUUUGAUAAUUGACCAGAUGUUCGCCGUGAGUCCCUCCACAAUUGGCUACAUCAUCUCUUUCCAGGGUGCUAUCGGAGCAGUGGCAGGAUUCUUGGCGGGCCGAUUGUCGCGAUUUCAAGGUAGCUCCCAGAUGGUGCUAUUCAACAGCGCGUUAGUGCAGGCUGUCUCUCUCCUCGGGCUUACCUUCGCGCCCUCCAUCCUGCUCAUUGUCAUGUUGCUGGUGCCCCUGAGCGUGAGCGCGACCCUCAUUCACACCGCCACCUCCACCCUCAUCAUUGACCGCUGUGUCCCAUCCAAGAUUGGUUCAGUGACUGGCGUGGCCCAGGGCAUCCCCGCUAUCGCUGGCAUGACAACCCCAGUGCUGGCAGGCCUGGCGCAGGAGGCUGGAGUGCGCGGGCCCGGCGUGCUGGCUUCGGUGGCAGCCUUCGUCGGUGCUGCAGCAGCAGGCUGGGCAGCUCACUACAGGCACACCACCAGGAAGACAGGGACAUAGGUUAUGUAAGGUGGCGGAUCUCGGAUAUCUGUAAAUGUAAAGAUUAAACUGUAGAUAUUGA